AUCUGUGCAGGUUCUGGUAUAAAAGGAUCGUUGAUUUCCGAAUGGCAUGGCCAGCUAAAGCGCGGAAUUUGAAAAAUCUGGUCAUAAUGAUAUCAUGGAAAGCCAGCCUGCUCUACUUCCAAUCACUAUGUAUGUCUCGAUCACACGCUUCUUGCCUUGAAGUCACUGAAACCUCAUCGAUGCAUCUGCCACGCUGGCAGGACCACCUCCAAAUCUUGAACAGAGACGAGUUAGACACGAGACUAGAGCAAGGAUAGAUGAGACGGGUAAUAAGACGUUCUGAUGAGGCUAUUCAGUUGUUCUUGGAGCGGAUAUCUGCGUAUAUAUAAGGUGAGAAUAUCGUUCGCUGUGAUCCACUGAUCCCCCGCAGUUUGAUAUUCUGCUGGAUUCUGCCAGCGGAAUUCUGCCAUCUGCCGGGUAGAACCGUUCAACCGGCCCUGCCAACCUGGCUGGCAGAAUGGCGGACUUCUGCCCACACAACUUACAAUGAUAUUCUAUCAUCCAAGUUUUAGUCACUCUCCUGUGUAAAAAUAUAAAG